GUAUCCGUAUCGUCCAGCCAACAGAUGCCACGAUUGACGCGGGAAUGUCAACUUGAAGUUCUAUCAAUAAGUACAAUAGUAAUGCGCUGGCGGCUUUUUUUAUUCGCUCAUUUACAUUGCUUUGAAUAAAGCUAAAAAAUGUCUGCUGUGAGAAUCUGAAUAUGACUGUUAUAUAAAUAGCAUAUUUCUAAAGUUCAUAAUGGCAGGAAUAGACAGCCUGAGUAUACCAAGUGAAGGCAGGGUACCCAGUACCUUGUCAGUAUCAUCCAGCAAGAGUUACCUCAUUCCAGGUGGUGAUGAAAGCCCUUGUACAGAGCAACCACCAUCCAAAACAAAUGGCUCAGGGAAUUCUAUGAGUGAACUUUCAGAUAGUUUUGCUGAAACUGACAAAUUAUGCGGCUGGGGGAAUUUCCGUCCAUUUUGCUUGCAGAAUUUUAGGACUCCACAGUGGGUACUCUUUUGGCUUUGUUGGGCUGGUGCUUUACAAGGCUUGAUAGUGAAUGGUUUCAUCAAUGUUGUGAUAACCACAAUUGAGAAAAGAUAUGAACUUAAAAGUACUGAAUCUGGCCUUAUAGCUGGUUGUUAUGACAUUGCAUCUUUCAUUUGUUUAAUACCUGUCAGCUAUCUAGGUGGUACAAGAAGCAAGCCAUUUUUCCUAGGAAGUGGACUUAUUAUCUUGGCAUUUGGAUCAUUAGUAUUUUCCUUGCCAUAUUUCCUAGCAGGUCCAUAUACGUUCAGCCAAGAACAAGACUUUCAAUGUCAUUUGGGUCUUCCAAGUGUGAACUAUUCACUUACAUGUUCUCCUGGUGAUUCUUCAUUAUCAAACUACAAGUACAUCUUCUUUAUCGGACAGUUUCUUCAUGGCGUUGGAGCAGUACCUCUGUAUACUCUAGGUUGCACUUACAUUGAUGAAAAUGUUCCUACAAAGAUGUCUUCUAUGUAUUUAGGAAUAUUUUAUACUAUGGCUAUUGUUGGUCCUGCUCUGGGUUAUCUGCUUGGUGGACAGCUGUUGAAAAUUUAUGUGGAUUUUGGAAUCAAUGCUAAUGACUUAGGUUUGUCACCUUCCAGUACUGUGUGGGUUGGUGCUUGGUGGAUUGGAUUUGUUUUCUGUGCAGUAAUUGGAUUCCUCAUAGCCAUACCCAUGCUUGCUUUUCCGAAGACGUUGCCAUCUACAGCAAAAGUGAAAGCGGGGAAAGUAAGUGAAAUGCAUCAAAAGCUUGAAGAAAGUGAAGCUACUCGAGUUAGUUUUGGAUCCAGUGUAUCGGAUUUACCUAUAUCUUUUGGAUUACUCAUCAAAAAUCCUACAUUUGUAUUCUUGAGUUUGGCUGGAGCUAGUGAAGGAUUUUUACUUGCUGGACUGGCUACAUUUCUUCCUAAACUUAUUGAAUCUCAAUUCAGUUAUCAAGCAAGCUUUGCUGCAUUUAUUGUUGGUACUGUUACUAUACCUGGAGCUGGCGGAGGCAAUUUACUUGGAGGCUAUGUUGUGAAAAAGUUCAAAAUGAAAUGUGCAAACAUCAUUCGAAUGUGCAUUUUAUUUUCUCUCGUAUGUUUAGCUUUUUCCUUUAUUUUUAUUUUGCAUUGUCCAGAUGCUAAUUUUGCUGGAGUCAACACAAAGCUUGUGAAUGACACUAAUGUAUCCAAAUUUUUAUUGGAUUGCAAUGCAGACUGUUUAUGCUCAGACAACAACUAUGAUCCUGUGUGUGGUGUGGACAAUGUAAUAUACUAUUCUCCUUGCUUUGCUGGUUGUCAGAAAGUUUUCCUAGAAAAUGAUAAAAAGAGUUAUGGAGCCUGCUCAUGUAUUGAACAGAGUUUCUCGAAUUUAACGAUCCCAGCUCCUAGUAAUAUGGUCGAAGCCACAAGAGAAAAGUGCAACAACAAUUGUAGCCAUGGUCCUCUGUUUUUAGCAGUCAUAUUUUUUUGCAUGUUUUUCACAUUUUUGGUCAGCAUGCCUUCCUUGUCUGCAACAUUAAGGUGUGUUGCAGAAACUCAAAAGUCAUUUGCUUUAGGAAUUCAGUGGAUGACAGUAAGACUUUUAGGUACCAUUCCAGCUCCCAUCUUCUUUGGAUGGCUGAUUGACAAGAGUUGUGUUCUCUGGCAGGAUUCCUGCGAUGAUCAACAUGGAUCAUGCUUGUUUUACAAUAAUGAGAAAAUGAGCACUAACAUUUUAACCAUUAUUUGUCUUGUAAAAUUUUUGUCAUGUAUUUUCUUCACAGUUGCAUGGUAUUCAUACCGUCCCCCCGAAUCUGCUCCCUCUUACACGAGGGAGGCAUCUAUUUCUGAACCCCAUAAUCAGACUAUUUGCAAAGGAGUAUCAGUUGCAAAUCCUAAUGAAACAUGUCUUGGAAUUAGAUUUGCUCCAUAUCAGAAUGAAGCUUUUACAUCAUGUGAUGCACACGUCAGUAGUGUGUUGUGAACUUGCUCUUGCACUCAUGUAUGAUUUUGUUCAUAGUGAAUUAGAAAUACACUAUAUUUUAACUGUUCAGUAUUGCCAAAUGGAGUUUAGUGUGUCUUGAAAUUUUAUUUAUUUGUACAGAAGUUUUUGUUCAUGAUCCUCAUGUGAUAAGAAAAAAAAAUGAAACAUUUUAUGAUUACAUGUAUAGAUAUUGAUUUUUAUAAUAAAGACGUAUGCAGUUCUGAA